AGAACUAGAGUUUUAGUUUUACGUGAAGAGGGAGAAGGGGAGAGAGAGAGAGAGAGAGAGAGAGAGCUACACAUCGCGCUGCGAAGGGAGCUUCGACAUCCAUCAUCCAUGGCGUCUAGGGUUUCGUCGAAGGGGAAGGGAUCGAAGGGGCGAUCGAGGAGGGGAAAGUGUGUGAAGGAGUGGAGCACGUGGGCGAUGAAGAAGGCGAAGGUCGUCGCCCACUACGGCUUCAUCCCCCUCAUCAUCGUCCUCGGCAUGAACUCCACGCCCAAACCCCACCCCUUCCAGCUCGUGAACCCCGUCUAAGUCCCCGGAGAUCAUCAUCGUCCCCUUCGACGCUUAUAAUAGGGUUUUUAGUAGUAAAAUGAUAAUGUGAAUGAUAGUUUUGUGGGUUACAAUGCGUAGAGUUUGGAUGAGAAAUUUUAAUUCGUUGGUGUUAGAUUUGGUUUAGUUUUUGAUGGUUUGUGCAGUGGCAAACGUGUAGAGCUUAGCUUAUGUUCGUUAUCUAGUUUCAGUCAUAGUUUUGUGAUGUUAUGAAUAAAAAUUGUUCGCCGAGUUCACUUGAGUUCAAUGUUGGUAACUUGUGUGAUUUAUAGAUAGAUUUCAUGCUGUUUAAUUCUGCA